AGGAGGAGGAGGAAGAAGCAACGAUAAAGUACUCCAGUGUUGUGAAGAUGAGAUUAGAUGUUUUCCGUGAACUGUCUCCAAAGUCUUUAAGAGUCACAACUUGGCAGAGAUACUGUAAUAAAGUUAAGUUAUAAAGGAGACACCUGCCAGCUCAAUGGAUCUACUGCAGCCCCCUGCUUUUAGCUAGCUGGCUGAAUAGGUGUAAACAAAGCUAGCUAGCCACCAUCCGGUCAGGCUAACGGUCACACAGCCUCACUGUUUCACCACAAGACGAAGCGACAUUUAUUAAAUAACGCCUGGUUUAACGAAGAAGAAUUGAUAAGACUCUAGGUUGUGAAGCUCCACCUGUCCUCCAUGGCGUCAUCAGAGGUCAGCAUGCAGGAGAUGAGUGAGGUUGUCAUCGUCACCAUACCAGAGAGUGUGGGCGAGGACCUGCCCUCUGUGGAGGAGGAGGACAAAACAGUGCUGAUGACUGCAGAGCUGACCCCUCAGCCAGGGGAGGAUGUCCUCACAGUAGCACCAAUGGAAGCACAAGCUGAGGCCAGCAGCUCAGAUUCACUGUCAAAGGAAGAGGCAGUCAUUGUGAAGUUAACAGAGGAGGUGGACGUGGAGGCUGAUGUCCUCUACCCGAUCACGUGUGGAGACGCCAAAGCUACACUCGUCUGGAAGAAGUUUGUCUGCCCUGGGAUUAAUGUGAAGUGUGUCCAGUUCAAAGAGCAGCUGAUCAGCCCAAAGGAGUUUGUGUGCUUAGCAGGGAAAUCCACUCUGAAGGACUGGAAGAGAGCCAUCCGCCUCAACGGCACCAUGCUCAGGAAGAUCAUGGACUCAGGUGAACUGGACUUCUACCAGCACACAAAGGUCUGCUCCAACACCUGCCGCAGCACUAAGAUAGACCUGGUGGGAACUAAAGUGUCCAUCAGCAGUGACCAGUCAUCUGACCUGGUCCCCGCCACGCCUUCAUCAGCUGACUUGAACGGAGCCGCAACCUCGUUCCCUGAGGCGAUUGAGGAAACUUCAGAGUGGGUCACAGCCAUCGGAGAGGACUCGGUGGUGUUCUGGCGUGCAGUGAAGGAGGCGGGGCUGCUGGAGGAGGUGGUGGAGGACUUCCAGAACCAGCUGCAGGAGGUGCUGAAGGGGCUGCAGGAGAGAGUGUGUGACCCUCCUCUACAGGUCAAAGAUGCAGUUUUGCUCAACAAUAUCGUGCAGAACUUUGGGAUGUUGGACCUGGUGAAGAAGGUUCUGGCCAGUCACAAGAGUCAGAUGGACCGUUACAGAGAGCAGUACACCCGCAGCCUCGCUGCUCUGGAGCAGCAGUGUGAUGAGCACAGGAAGCGAGCCAAAGAGUUGAAGAGCAAAUCCCAGCACCUCAACAACGUCCUGAUGACCCUGACCCCGGUCCCUGCGCCCCCUGCACCCAAACGGCCCCGGCUGACCCGCACCGUCUCCGGCCCGGCCACGGUCAGCGCUGCUCCCACCCAGAUCACUCUGCCUCUCAACCAGCUGACUGGCCUGCCGCUGGGCAAGGUGCUGACCGUGGCAGGAGCCCCGGCCGGCACCAACCUGGGGAGCUACACCCUCCUGACCUCUGCGCUCUCCGGGUCAGAGCUGGUGGCUGACUCCUCUAACCUGACUGUGCUGUCCACAGCAGCAGGUCAGGAGGGCGCGGCCGGUGCUGGCGGCUCCGCGGCCUCCACGGCCUUCGUUAAGGUGGUCGGUUCUCAGUUCCAGCUGGUGACGCUACCUGCAGGGCUGCAGGGCUUGGCUACCACACAGAGCGCCGCCGUCCAACAUCAGGUAGGCAGCAUCAGCGUGGUGGACGCCACGGCAACCAUUGAUGAUUCACAAGAAAAACACCAGGCUGAUGGUGAUGAUGAAGGUCAGCCAGAGGAGGUUAAAGAGGAAGACGGGGAGCAGUCAGCUGAGCAGCAGUGAGACAAAGGACAGCUGGUCCCUCCCCGUCUCCUGAACGUUUCCUGUGAUGGCCGAGGCCUCGUCCACGUUUUGACUCUGCUCAUCAUUUCAUCACGUUUAUUUGUCAUGUAACACAAGAGCCUUCCUCUUAGAUGUCCUCACACUUCGCAGAUAGCCACAUUUCUAUUAGAGUGGUGUCUGGUGUCGGAGUGUGUCUCACUAGUGGUUUUAUUGUAAAUACGUAUUUGUACCUAAUAUAUUUGAUACAGUGGUGAAGGUUUGUUCCAUGUGGAGCUUUGCUCAGUCUGC